AUGGUUAGGGCCUGGUCGUUGAUUGGCUUUUUUAGUUCUUUGCGUAAUUUUCUCGAAAUUUCAUUCGCCAUGACGUCGGUUUUGCCCCUAUUGCGUGUGAGAAUGAAAUCUAACUCCCCUAAGGAAUCGAAGAAGGAUCGGGAUAGGUCCCUUAGUCUUGUUCCGGUGCAAGGAAUGAAGGAUCUCUCCCUGGAUGACAUUAAGGUUACCGUUCGUGGAAUACCCAUUGGGCAUGAGCAUUGGCCAGAUCUACUGCACUAUGUGUGCAGUUUUAACGCGCUGGAUGAAGUUUUGGAUGACGGUCACAAGUCAGUUGGUCAUUACCUUCGUCAAAAUAUACCCUUUUACUAUCGGAUGAACCGCAACGAAGAGUUUGACAAUUUUUUGUUUAUUGGUGGCGGUGCCUUCUCGAGGGCCGUACAUCGUCUCGAUGGAAAGACGUAUGCUCUGAAGGUUAUUCGUGACAUUUCAUCACCAAAAUCACUGAAACAUGCGAAAAUUGAGGUUGACGUUUUGGCCCAACUCGAUCAUCCCAACAUUGUUCGAUACUUCAGUUGUUGGGUUGAACCCCAACGAAUCGCUAACCUCGCGUUUCAACCUUUGGAUUCAAGCGACCCAGCGGAAUCAAACAGGUCCUCCUCUGCAGCCAACUUCUCCUGGGUCUCAAAUGUCAGUGCCGGUGAUGCCAACUGCCGUCUGCUCCGUCUGGUCGACGAUGAAGACGAUAGCGGAAGCGUCGGCCCACGCGAUAGUUGCGCCCUCGCCAUCCCUGAGAAUCAGAUAGCCCAAUUCUCGGUCAGUGAGCUGAAUGCGCGUCCAGUGACACUGGUUAUCCAAAUGGAGUUGUGUGGAUCCACGCUGAUCGAUUGGAUGCAAUCGAGGAGCAAAUCUCUUGCCUCCUCAACAGCGUCCGAUUGUGCAAGGCCGUCGUCACUUGACCAAUCCUAUCGCGCCGAGGUUCGGUGGAUCUUCGAUCAAAUAGUGAAGGGCAUCCACUAUAUGCACCAGAAAGGCGUUCUUCACCGAGACAUUAAGCCGGCCAAUGUUUUUAUCCAGGGUCCACCACUGGCAGUCGUCACUGGCACUAUGUGUUCUGCUGUGGGCGAGUUGGCUUGCACAAGUGCCCAGUGCUUCCAUCGGUGCCGUGUUAAGAUCGGUGAUUUCGGACUCUCCACCUUCCUGGAACGAUCCACCGAGUCACAAACUCGGCCAGUUAUUGAGGAAGUGCCCGAAAAGUGUGAAUCAGGUCCCUCAACUGCACUUCAGACGAUUCCUUCAUGUCACCCUCGCCUUCUCACGGGGAACUUGGGCACGCUGUUUUACACUGCACCCGAGGUGCUGAAAAGCAAUUCCAAGGGACGCUCCCUCUACAACCAAAAGGCGGAUAUGUAUAGCUUAGGAAUUGUAUUCUUCCAAAUGCUCUACCCAUGCAAAACGGAGACAGAGAUGGCCCGCCAGAUCGACCACUUUCAUGCAAACCCAGAGGCGGAGGACGCUCUCCCAAAGUGCUUAACUGAGUGUUGGCCGUUGGAAGCGAAUCUACUCCGGAGAAUGCUGAGUCCCAAACCCUCCGAUCGACCAGAAGCAAUGGAGAUUCUAUCGGAGUUGGCAUCUACAUCCCAGGUUAUCGACGGCACCGGACUGAAAGACCACCAGUCUUUAAGAGGUGAACUUAGCCUAAUAAACGAACUCCGGACAAAGAACGAAGAGCUAGAAAAGGAGAAUGCGGAGCUGAAACGGAGACUUGGAUUUUUGGCAGAGCCAAAGGAGUAG